GUAUAAAAGAGUGAGGGACUUUGGAGGUAGAGCAGAAGAAACAUCAGUGGUUUCCACAUCUUGUGACCAGCUGCCACCAACUGCACUGCACUUUCUCCACCACUCUCCUCUGGAUCCCUGAGCUGCUCAGACCCUCUCUCUCUCUCUCUCCCUCUCUUUCAAAUACACACUCACUCACACACUCCUAUUUCUGUGAGCCUCCUGCUCCUGUGGCUGUAGCUCUUGUCCGUCACCUGCACUCCUGUCACAGCAUGCAGCUUCUGGUGGUGUUAGCAGCUCUCAUGGGGGUUCUGUUCAGCGUUAGAGCAGCCGCCGUGCUUCCUGUGGAGGACAGGAGCUCCAUCCACGUGAACAGGGAGCUGAGCAAAGAGCGCAAGGAGCUGAUCCUGAAGCUGGUGUCCGGCUUGUUGGAUGGAGCUCUGGACACCAACAUGCUGCCGGGCGAAGCGGCACCUGUGGACCUUGAGGAGCCGCUGGAGUCUCGUCUGGAGGAGAGGGCUGUCUACAACAGGCUAUCACUGCCUCAGCGCGACCGCAAAGCCCCCUGUAAAAACUUCUUCUGGAAAACUUUCACCUCCUGCUAACAGUGCCCAAAACCAUGCAGCUCUGCCUGCCUACAGUCCUCCUUCCCUGCCAGCUCCACAUGAACUGUAGUAGAUCUCAGCUGUACAUAUGAUCAUCUACACCUGUCAGACAUGCAGCAUCUAUGGACUUCACUGACACAGUGUGUCUGUUUGAAUAUUAAUUAUUUAUGUAUCUAUUUAUGUUUACAAUGUAUGUAUCUAUGUAUGUAGCCGUUUCUUUCAGGGUCAACAAUAAAGCAUGGAUAUAACAUUUAAAAUGGAAAUCACAUUU